GAAAAGCAAAGUUAAAAACAUUAGUGUGGAAUCAUAUUUCAUGCUGUUGAAUCUGUAAUAUUACAUAUACCCACCAGUCCAGCAUAAAGAAGAUGCCCAACUAGAAUAAAGCAUCUUUCAAAUUGAAGAAUUUUACUCUUGUUCUUGGAUGGGUCUGGGUAGGCUUUCACAUCAUUCUCAGACAUGUUCAUUAUCUUGUUGACAAAGGGUGUUGCUCAGUGCAUCUUAGGUAAAGGAAGCUCUUUUUCUGUCUGGGUCUGUGUUGUGAUUAUAUGCUUCAUUUGUUUUCAAGAAUUCUCCAAUCUCCAUAUCUAUUCUUAGGAUUAAAUGUAAAUCCUCUGUUGGGAAGAUUGACAGAAGGGACAGAUGUUUACUGUUGAAAAUAGAUUUUGUAGGUAGUCCAACUACUGUUUUAGUGUUUCUGAUAAAGUUACGGCUUUCUUUCAGCCGAUUACUUUAAGGAAAUAUAUGAGGAAUAAUUGUGGUCUACAUCACCCCCUUUUCUAGCUUUUUUCCUUUUGCUACAGAUCCGUUUCUUUCUUCUCUUGAAUCAUGGCAUUUCUGGCACUGCAUAGCUGUAAGUUAAGCUCUAGGAUUGGAGAACCAUAGAUAAUGUAUGCUCCUAGCUCUCGGGGCUCAAAGUCCAAGACUCAAUCUCCUUGAACAACAGGAACUGUAUACUGUCCAUGGAUUAGGAGAAUCAUCUUCUGAGAACAAUAGUUGCAGCUUAGUCUGACUUAGAUUUGAGCAUGUUUUGAUCACUCCCCACUAGCAGCAACUUAACCCCCAUUUCUAUAACACCAAGAAGCAAUCCAAGAGGCUUCUUGUAUAAAGACUAUGAAUGAGUUUGGUUCUGAAAGAACAAAGCAGUGGAACUUCCAUCCAAGUUCAGACCCAAGUCCAUCUCAAACAGCAGUUGAUCGUGAUGUCCCGUGGAAAAGCUUUGGGGCAUCCAUGAAUGCAAUUUCUUUUGGAUUUGUUGCCACAGCCAUCUUGAUAUCAAUGUUUCUCAUCAUGGCCAUCUUCGAGCACCUGUUUAGGCCAAAUCCUCCUUUUUCUUCACCUGAAGAGAUGGCAAAUGGUUCUCGGGGAUCCAGAGUAGUAGACAAACUUGGAAAUCCACAAACAGGACCGAUAUCAUAUUCUUCUGAUUUCUCAGUAUUGAUGCCUGGAGAGCAAUACCCUACCUAUAUUGCUCAACCCGCUCCACUCCCUUGCCAAAGGGAAGGCAUAUAUUGGCCUUCCCAUGAACAUAAUUUUGUACUUGCCUAGUGUACCACACAUCAAAGAAUGGAUGGCAACAUGGCUAUUUUGUAUAUUUACCAAUCAAUUUUUCUUUUUCCCAAGUAGAUUUACCAAUCAAUUUUAAUCCUUUGUAAUUAUGAUGUAAUUGAUGGGUGUAUCUUGAGGCUGUGUCAUUGUGUGUAGCCACUGCUGUACUUAAUUGAGUUGAGCAAAUUCAGUUAAGGUUUUUCUUGUUUUGUGGUCUUUUCGCAGGCUUCUUUUGUGCAUAUAAUAGUGCAAGAGAAAACCUAUGAAGAGUUUCUGUGCAAUUCAGUAUGUUAUACCUUAAACCAGAUUGCACUGAAAUGCCAAGAAUCUACAUCACAAACAGAACAAAAUUCAUUCCAACAAAAUAAUACAAUCACCACCCAUCAAUCCCCAAUCAACCCUCUUCAAUUGUUUACCCCUCACCAAUUUCAUGGUAUAAACAUGGUCAUUUGCAUAUGUAGUCACCCAAUUCCCUCCCUCUCUAUUACGUUUGUUUGGCUUUCUUUGAUCGUAUGUAACUUCCCUCUAGAUUUCUUUCUUUCUGUGCCGACCAAGGCCACAAAAGGAGGGAGACAAGAAUCUGCUAGUGUUCUUCUAUCUCUUCUUCGUCAGAUAAUACUACAGUCAAUAAAGAAUACUUGACUCGGAGAGAUAUUCUGCCCUUUUCAACAACUAAUCUUGCCCCAGAAACAACCCAAUACCCAGGAGUUUCCUGCGGACCUCUUGUCAUCUCUGUUGUAUCAACAAAUUUUAAAAGCUUGG